GUAAUUUCCGUCCUCACCCCGCCCCAUUGGCAUGGCUAAGUAAAGUAAGUACAUGUAAGUCAAAUCACGCAAUUUUGUCACUUAUCACUUUUAUCCUGGCUGAAACAUAUAAGGCGAUUGAACCUGAAACAAUGGAGAAGAAAGAAUUGGAAGCUAGAGUAGUUAGCAAAGUUGCAGAAGUAAUAUCAGCUAUAAAGAACGCCAAGCACGUUGAUCAUGUCAUUUCUUCACUUCACUCCAUCGCCACUCUUCUUUUCCCACUCGACCCUAAUCUUCUCUCAGGCAGCGUAGGUCACGAUUACAGAGAACAGAUUUUAACUGUAAAGGUUCCUUCUUCAAAGGAACGAGAUGAUUGGUGGCGUGUCUUUUAUCAAGGACCUGCUUUUUCUACGCUUGCUAGGUUCUUGUUACUUGAUGUUGCCUCCAACUGGCUGGCUUGUUUCCCCUUCUCAGCUCAGAAAUAUGUUUAUGAUGUUUUCUUUGUUCGCGGAUUCAUCACAGAGGUGUUACAGAUAUUGGUUCCUUUUCUCAAGCAGAAUAGGAGUGAUGAUCUUGACAUUAAUGUUGUCAUCUCAAAUUCCGAAAGAUUGCUUGUACUGUGCCUGCUUGAAAAUAAUGGAGUGCUCCAGAUAGCAAGAGAGUUUGGUGGUCUUUCUAAAUCGAAAGGUUUUACCGAUGAACAGAUGAAACCAGAUAUAUCUAGAAUGGCACAGAUUGUUGCAUCUAUUCCUGACAAAGCUAGAAUGAACUCCCCAACUUCAUUGUCAUCACAUUUAUUCUUCAGGCAGAUUAUUGCCCAAGUACUCUCCCUUGAAGAAGAAAGAGAAGUGAUUUUGAUAGAAAAGAUAGAAACCUCAGAUGAAAUGGACAAAAAUGGCGCACUAUUGUUUAUUGGGGAAAUGUUUUCUCGCAUCUGUCGCCGUGGUUCUGCUGAUCUUCUAUCAAGUGAGUUAGUACCUCGAGUUCUAAGGCUCGUCAACAGCUGCUUAUCAUCAAGUAACAAUUCUAUUAAUGAGGAAGUGCUUGAGUCAAAACCAGAAGCCAUGUUUUGGUUGAGCAUGAUGGAAUCAAUCAGGGAUCCUUAUACCAUGGAAAAAAUCUCUGAGCAGAUUUUGCAUGAGCUAGCAAGUCAACAAGCAAAUGAUGUUCAAGCAUAUUGGGUCCUUUGGCUGUUUUUCCAUAGAACUAUCAAGCUUCAGGCUUCUGUCAGGUCCAUGUUUAUUGACAAGUUCCUGCUCUGGAAGGUAUUCCCUGUUAGUUGCCUGAAAUGGAUCCUUCAGUUUGCUGUCCGUGAAUGCCCGCCCAGUACGUCUAUAUCAGGACAUAAUCGUCCUGGUCUUUUGAAGAUAGUCCAACGUCUACUGGCAACAUGGUCUAAGAAAGAAUUUGUGCAAACAGCACCUAUUGAGCAACAAGCUUAUAUAACUGCUGCUCUUGGCCUUUCGCUAGAGACAAUGUCUAAGAAGGAAUUGGAUGGGAUGAAGGAUGCCAUGCAUUCGAUUCUUCAAGGAGUUAGCUGUAGGUUGGAGAGUCCUAAUCAGUUAGUUCGAAAAAUGGCUAGUAAUAUUGCUUUGGUGUUGUCUAAAAUUAUUGAUCCAAAAAAUCCUUUGUACCUUGAUGAUAGCUGCAAUGGGGAAACAAUAGAUUGGGCAUUUGGAUUCACUGACCCCAAGAAACGGACACUUACUGCUUCAAAUUCUAGAAAAAAAGAUGUUGAGGAAAUACAGAUAUCUACAGUUUCCGGUUCAGAGGGGGGCUCUGAUUCCCUUUCCAGUAAAGAGAAAGGCAUUAGUGUGAAGGAUAAAAAGAAGUUAUUGGACUUUAACGUGCUUGAUCCUGAUGAAAUUGUUGAUCCAGCAUCACUGAAUCUUGAAUUAGAUAUUAAUGAUGAGGAUAUUGAUGAUAGUGCAAGUGAGAACUCAUGUUCCUCAGAUGAUUCAUCUUUACAGCCGUAUGAUUUGUCAGAUGAUGACUCGGAUUUGAAAAAAACAAUUUCACAGUUAUCUGAUGUAGUUGCGGCUCUUAGAAAAUCGGACGAUGCUGAUGGGGUGGAAAGAGCUCUUGAUGUGGCUGAAAAGCUCAUAAGAGCAUCCCCAGAUGAACUAAAACAUGCAGCAAGGGAUCUUACCAGAGCUCUUAUUCAGGUUCGUUGCUGUGAUAUAGCUUUAGAUGGAGAAGAAGAAUCAACAGAAGACAAAAGGCAAAGGGCAUUAAUUGCCUUGGCAGUCAUGAGCCCAUUUGAAUCACUCGACACACUGCACAAUCUUUUGUAUUCACCUAAUGUAGAUAUUAGUCAACGAAUAAUGAUACUGGAUGUCAUGACAGAAGCAGCUCAGGAGCUUGCUGAUUCAAAAAUUAUGAAACCCAAACGCGAUACAGGUUCUUUUGUAUCAGUUGUUUCAGAUACCCGACCUUGGUUCUUGCCUAGCAGCUCAGGGACUCCUGGAGCUAGUUCCUGGAAAGAGAUUUCAGGUACUGGAACUUUUUUGAAUUGGUCAAACAGCUACGAGAGGGAACUUCACUCGAAACCUAAUCAGGUGAAGAAAGGGAAAACACGCCGUUGGAGCCUGAGAUCGCCUUCUUCUGAACAAAACCUGAUGGAGUGUUCUCAUAACAAGUUUCCCAUGUAUGCUGCUGCAUUCAUGCUUCCUGCCAUGGAGGGUUAUGAUAAAAAAAGACAUGGUGUUGACUUGCUUGGCAGGGAUUUUAUUGUCUUGGGGAAACUCAUUUAUAUGCUUGGGGUUUGUAUGAAAUCUGCAGCCAUGCAUCCAGAAGCGUCUGUGCUGGCUCCUUCCCUUCUGGAUAUGUUAAGAUCCAGAGAGGUAUGCCAUCACCAGGAAGCAUAUGUGAGAAAAGCUGUCCUUUUUGCAGCUGCAUGCACAUUGGUUGCCCUUCAUCCUGCCUACGUAUCAUCUGCUUUACUGGAAGGAAAUGUUGAACUUUCCAAUGGCCUUGAAUGGAUUCGCACAUGGGCCCUCGAUGUAGCUGAUUCAGACACAGAUAAAGAAUGCUAUACGAUGGCUAUGACGUGUUUACAACUCCAUGCUGAGAUGGCUCUUCAAACCUCCCGAGCUCUGGAAUCAGCCAGUUCAUCCAGGGCAAGCCCUACUCUUCGUUCUGAUGCAUCCAAAAUGACCAUUAAAGUUCCCUACUUAAAUGGGAAUUAGUGAUCCUACUGGCUAUUCUGAAUGGAUUCAUUUGUUUAGUCCAGAAUAUGAAUAUGAAAUUGUGCUGAACAUCUAUUUGCUACUCGAUUUCCUUGUUUGUUUAACUUUUAAUCCAGGCCUUUUUUGUUAUUUUCUUUGAAAUUUGUAUAUUUUAGGUAUCUAGAUUUAACAAUUGAUAUGACACCAAUGCUCGUAUAGUUAUCCUAAA